AUGUCGCAGUUGCCGCUUCUCGCUGUGCAUGUAGUGUUGUGCUUCUUCAAUGUUGCAUCCUUCAUGUUCAACGUUCAUUUCAUGCCCACGGUUCCACACAUCCUAUGGCCAUUCACUUUCAGCAACAAAUACAGUACGCUCGUUGCAGAACCAAAGUACGGCGUGGCAUUGACUGAAAAUAUGUGGAACUUAGUCCCCAACGAUACACCCACAGACAUCUCCGCUUCGACGAUCGACGGUCGACUCUACACCAUUGCGUCUUCGAAAGCCUGGGAUUUCCUUGGGCCCCCAUCAUCCACCACCGAUCAAUACUGGGACGAUUUAUCUGCAGAAGGCCACGAGAUCAUAAUGGUUCGAAGCCAGGAGCUUGAAGCAGCUGGAUACAACGCCUCCAAGUACUUUCAAGGUCCAACAUCUUGGGGUUUCGGUAAAGACAUGUAUCCAGUCCAAGUGGACGUCUUCCACCAGAUACACUGUCUCGAUCAGCUUCGCAAACAGAUGUAUGCAGAUCACUACUACCCUCGAGAUCAAGAGGCAGACUGGCAACACCUGGGUCAUUGCUUGCACAUCCUGCUUCAGAACAUACAGUGCCACGCAGAUACCAAUCUGAUCCCUCAUCGCUGGGUUGAGAACAGCUCAAGGCCAUAUGCGCAGUUCAGCAUUGACAAGCAGUGCCGCAACUUCCAUGCGUUAAAGAGAUGGAACAAGAAGCACAGUGUACUAGUUUCCAACGAUAUGUGGGCCUCUGCGAAGCCACACGCAGAUUCUUACGUGUGGGAAGGAUAUGGCGAGGACUUAUCGUAG